GUGUGCAGCCUACCUAAUAAGCUUUGUAAGAUUUAUCACAAAAUCUAGAGUUAACAAGAGGUCUAUGUUGUUUAAACAACUUUUAAUUAGCAGCAUAUCCCAAAUUAUUUGGCUUGUGGAGAGAGAGAGAGAAAGAGAGAGAGAGAGAGAGAGAGAGAGAGAGAGAGAGACACCACAACUACAAUAAUGGCGAACUAUAAUAAUUAGGCUAUAGAAAUAUGACUAAUAGUAAUUAUAGCAGUGGGUAUAAUGGAAUUACAUGAUGAACAGUGGCAAUUCUACAGUAAAGAUAAUAAAACUAUGACUAAUAAUAAUAUCCAGACCAGGUGCCACCUCAAUCCAAGCAAAUCUGCGAUUCAAUAUUCUCAUAGGCUUCUCUCAUAAUUCAUAUGAGAAACACUUAUUUGGCCUUUAAUAUCUAUUGAGCCCCGUAGAACACAAAAUAGAAGGUAUUGGCUUGACACAAUCAAUUGUGUUUUUCUUACAAACUAUUAGCAGCUCAACCAUCUGUUACGUGUUCUCAGCAGUAUCAUUGUGAUCCAUGAAUUGUUUUUUUCAGAUUUACUGCAUCUGCACUUAUAGUAGCUAUUGUUCAUAUGCUUGAUACUGUUUAUGAUGGCUCAACUUCCCUUGAAGAAAACCUUGGUUAGAGAAAUCAAAGUACAGCAUUGCACCAUCACCAUUCAACUCAACAGUGGAACCACAGUCCAGUCACUAGCUCCCUGGUGGUGUGCAAUUAGGUCAUAGGACGCACUUUCAUCAGUUGCCUUUAUUUCACCUUUUCAAACAAAGCCAUGCGUAUCAAACAUCUCAAUUCUCAACUGGCAACCUUUUUUUAAGAGCAGCAAUCUGGACAUUUGGGAUUCAGUUGUAGUCCUUUGGAAAAUGAAUGACAUAAAAGCUCCACAUCCAUGACUUAAUGCAUUGAUUUACUUCCAACACCUCACCUACUGUGAAACAAAAGUCACUAUUAAAGUGCUCUAAAAUAGCUUUAUAAGUAUAUUUGUAAUCAGUGUAAAUACCCUAUAGAGAACCAUUUGAGUAUCAUGGUUAUAUGACUGUCCGCAGUCUUUUGAAAACACUGCACAGUGAACACGUGGAAUGGUAUCUGAAAAUACAAUAUACAAAAUAACUAAAAUAAUAUGAUUUAUGUAAUACGAAAUAUUUAAAACUGCUCUGGCUUCUCCACAUACAUCGACAUACUGUAGAAGGGAAGAGUGGUGAAUAAAUACAGCAUCAGCUGGCUUAUGCUGCCCUCUAUUGGAUGAACAUCAAUGCAGGAUAAAUAUGGAAAAUGGUGCCGAAAACAACAAAGAAUAACCUAGAUAUGAACUAUACAAAUACCGAAUAGCCUAUGUACAACACAAAUUGAUCAUGUAGCCUAGCUAGCCCUCUCCUGUAAACACUAUGGUUUGUCAUUAAACAACAUAUUAUUAUAUAUAUUACGUAACGUGUUACUUUUUAUUGAAUUUCUGCAGCACAAUGGAGGGAAGGACCGGAUGUGCCACAGGCAACUCAGUCCGUCUGUGGACCUCUUAACAUGGUGCAAGACUCCACUCUACGUGGAUUAAUCACUCUGUGGAUAUAGGACCUCGGGAGGUCUCCAACCAGCAAUUUAAGAAUCACUAAAAAAUAUAUUAAAAUGUCAAAGCUGCAACUUAUUUUACCGUUGUAUAUUGACGUUGUUAUAACAUAUGCAAACUGUAUUUUUAAGCAAUUACUCAAAACUGAAGAGAUAUUUAAACUGCUUCAGGUGACUACCUUGCAUGAAUAGGCCUGCCUGCCACUAAGACAAACACACAUCAAGAUUUAUUUUAUCUCUAGCUGUUUGUUCAGCUCUUCAGUAGUAGCCUAGCCUACUGACCUCAGCAGAUCAAGGGUUCAGGACGCUCCCGAGUUUGCAGGCGAUGGCAAUUGUGAUGCUGUCAGCCAACAGCUGCGGACAAGACAAAAGAAUAUGAUUUAGCUUUAACGUAUAAGUAUAAGUAACAUGUGUUUGCUUUGGAUUCCAGUGCCUUUAAGCAACACCUUGCCAUGGGCUUCAACUUUGGCUGUUAUUCAAAACAGCGCAGUCACAGUGAAGAUGUCCCCAAAUGUACUGAAAUACCGUCCAUGGGUAGAUGAUCAAAACCAUGUCAAGCAGAGCGAUAUAGUUAUUUUGCAUGCAGGGUUUUUGUAUGGUGAUACAUAAUUGUCAGACCAUAUAUGGUAAAUACAAUACAAUACACAAUAGACCAUAAAAAUUAAACAAAACAGAUUUGCCAAACACAAACGAUGAGAUAUCAUUAGUUUUUAACAGUUGUGUUGCAAAAAAAGACAACCUGCCAUAGAGAUUAAUUAUAAAAUAACUUCUUAAUUUAAAUGUUAAUAUCAUAUAAAUCCUGCAUUUUAUAUUGCCAACCAGACUUUUAGAUUAAAACAAGCCUCAUCCUACAUAUCAGGCAAUAAAAAGCACAGCCGGUUUGUAAUUGGUCACUUUUUGCCUCCACACGUUUGCCUCCACUCAUUAAACCGAGGAUUCAUCGGCUCUUCUGUUCAAUGAAUAAGCCAGCAGGGAGUCAGAGCUCAUACAGAGAAAAAAUAUGUGUUAUAAGGAUUUGGUAUAAAAAAAACGGUUGUAAUUAUUGGAGCUAUAGUACUUUAUUAUACUUUUUAUUAGUCUAUAUCCUCGACUGAAGCGCCCUGUGCUGGUGAUUUGAUAUGAACUUGGGUUGAAGUUGAGAGCUCAAGUCGACGAAUUGCAGUCAUAUUACUUGAUUUUGGGGCACUACAUUUGUGAACUGCUGAUGUAAAACAAACCCUAUAACAUUUCCUAUAUGCAUAUCCCUACCCUAUCCAUUUCCAUUGUCUUUUUUUCUUUUCAUUUCAAACUGCACCAUUAAGAACAAAAAUAUGAAUUGUAUGUUGACAGUGGACAAAAAUAGUUAAUUGUUCUGAAACACCACCACUAAACCGUUUCCAUUUCUGUCUAGAAAAUUCUAGGCGGUGCAUAUAGGCUACCCUUAUCAUAGCUGCAAAUCCAUGACACAGUACCAUGCAAGCCCACCGCCCAUACAAUCGCUUGCUUAUGGGAGGGGAGAAGGGUUGCUUUAAAAGUAGCAUCUGGUGCCGGGGAUCUGCAGACCUGCACAGGAAAACCUAGAGCCAGCAAAAUGGUUGAAUGGACAGACUUCGAGCGCGCCACCAUCGUGGACAUCUUCUCCAAGAUGCAGUAUGAGGUCGUGGGCCCUGAAGCUCUUGCUAGGUGUCUGAUCGUCUACCCCUGGACUCAGAGGUAUUUCGGCAACUUUGGAAACCUCUACAACGCCGCUGCUAUCUCUGGAAAUCCGAUGGUUGCAAAACACGGAACAACUAUCCUCCACGGUCUGGACCGGGCUGUGAAGAACAUGGACGACAUCAAGUCAACCUAUGCCGAGCUGAGCGUGUUGCACUCUGAGAAACUGCACGUGGACCCCGACAAUUUCAAACUCCUGUCCGACUGCCUGACCAUUGAGGUUGCAGCCCAGUUGGGUAAUGAUUUCACCGGUGAAGUCCAGGCAGCUUUCCAGAAGUUCCUGGCCGUGGUGGUGUCCUCCUUGGGAAGGCAGUACCACUAGAGAGCUGCAACAGAAGACCGGCACAUGCUGA